UUCUCUGCCCGUUUCUUUGAAAAAGUUUAUUAAUAGAAAGGGAGUGAUUUGUGGGUGAGGGGUGACUGGUUUGGGUGAGUCCGAGUCAGGGCUCUCAUUUGCGCGUGUUUUUGUGGCUAGUUUGUGUUUUUAUUUGGUUUGAAAUAAGUUUGUCGUUGAAAAUUUUGACAACCUCGUGCAUAGUUGCGCAUCGAAUUUGGACCAAUGGGAUCGUUUCUCGUUUCGUGUCAUGCGCAGAUCGCUGGGGCUGUGGAAACAAGGGCAGCCAUUUUGUGAGCGUCGGUUGAUUGUUUGAGAAACGCUCUGUUGACGAGCCAGUGUUUUUAACACGGUAGUACGCAUUAUUGUCAGCAUAAAGUUUCAAUCGUCGGAAAGCCGGUAUGGGUGAUUAUCAAGUAACAGGAGUCCAACAGGACGCCAUGGGGGCUGUCCAGUUGGAGUUGGGUGGAAAUCCGAAUGCUCUUGCUUUGCGGCGGCCUUUCGACCCUUUGGCGCACGACUUGGAGGCGAGUUUUCGACUAACGCGCUUCGCCGAUCUGAAAGGACGUGGGUGCAAGGUGCCGCAGGAGGUCCUCAAUAAGCUGGUGGAAGGACUCCAACAGGAUUAUAACACGGCCGCCGACCAUGAACAUGCCCAUUUUAUGCAUAUGGCCAUACCCCGCAUCGGCAUCGGACUCGACUGUUCGGUAACCCCGGUCCGUCAUGGAGGUCUCUGCUUGGUUCAGACAACAGAUUUCUUCUAUCCAUUAGUAGACGAUCCAUACAUGAUGGGAAAAAUAGCAUGUGCCAAUGUCUUGAGUGAUUUAUAUGCCAUGGGAGUAACAGAAUGCGAUAACAUGCUGAUGUUGUUGGGAGUCAGUACGAAAAUGACUGAAAAGGAACGCGAUGUAGUGAUUCCUCUUAUUAUGAGAGGUUUCAAAGAUUCUGCAUUGGAAGCUGGAACAACUGUAACAGGCGGCCAAACCGUUGUUAAUCCAUGGUGUACGAUCGGUGGUGUCGCUACAACCGUUUGUCAACCAAAUGAAUAUAUCGUGCCAGAUAAUGCUGUGGUUGGAGAUGUGCUCGUUCUCACCAAGCCGCUUGGAACACAAGUAGCUGUCAACGCACACCAGUGGUUGGACCAGCCAGAGCGCUGGAACCGAAUAAAGUUAGUGGUAAGUGAAGAGGACGUGCGUAAAGCGUAUCAUCGUGCAAUGGACUCGAUGGCGCGACUGAAUCGCAUCGCCAGCAGAUUGAUGCAUAAAUACAAUGCGCAUGGGGCUACAGAUGUGACAGGUUUUGGUCUGUUAGGACACGCACAAACAUUAGCUUCUCAUCAGAAGAACGAAGUUUCAUUUGUUAUCCAUAACUUGCCUGUAAUUGCUAAGAUGGCAGCGGUAGCGAAAGCUUGCGGUAACAUGUUUCAACUUUUACAAGGACAUUCGGCGGAAACAUCGGGAGGACUUUUGAUUUGUUUGCCGCGAGAACAAGCGGCAGCCUACUGUAAAGAUAUAGAAAAACAAGAAGGUUAUCAAGCUUGGAUCAUUGGAAUUGUUGAGAAGGGAAACCGAACUGCUAGGAUCAUUGAUAAACCUCGGGUUAUUGAAGUUCCGGCUAAAGAAUAAGUACAUUUCAAUAUUCCAAGUAUUGGUGUUUAUGACUAGCCGUUAAUUUUCUAACUGCCUCAGUCAUAAGCGUUAUAAAUAACAGAUUCAACUUAAAAUUUGUUUAUUUUAAAAUAUUUUUCCAAGAUGUUCAAAAGAAGUGCAUGUUUAUGAACAUUAUUUUUGUUGUUGAAUACUGUUACCAUACAGCUUGUAGUUUCAUUAUUUUUUUCUUAAAACAGUUUAUAAAGUUUUACUUUAGCUUUUGUUAUAAAAUUUAUUUAGUGAUGCAUUUUCCACUAAAAUUUAUCUCAGAUUCUCGUUAGUAGACUUAGAUUAUAGCUUGUACAAAAUUUCGUUUCGUAUUUAUGUUUCCUCAAUGAAUAUUAGAAAUAGGUAAAAGUCGUAUUGGUAUUUUGUAUAAUAAUUUUUCAAAUAAGUAAGUAUUCUACUGACA